AUGAGUUCAGUUUAUGCCAAUUACCCUCCGGCUUUAUCCCCGGAGCAACAACAGUUCCUAGUCACCGAGACUAAGGACUGGGCAAUUCAAAAUGGCCUGGCAGUUCGACCUGCACCGACUGCAUACGCAGAUCCCAAUCGAAGCCUGGCAACAAAUGCGCCUGUAACACUUUUCCCAAGUCCAUUCCCCAAACUAUGCUUUGAGGAAGCCCAAGCUCUUCAGACCAUUUACAACCAGCUCUAUGCCAGAAUUACGUGUAAUGAAGAAUGGCUCGGCAAGAUUAUCCAAGAACUCACAGAUGUGGAUGAUUUCGUCGCAAAUCUAUGGAAAACUCACCUGACCGUGAAGGAAGAGGGUUACGUGCAAUCGCUGUCUCUGGGUCUUUACCGGUCUGACUACAUGGCACACGUUACGUCUGACGCUCCACCAGCUCUGAAGCAGGUCGAGUUCAACACGAUCUCUUCGUCUUUUGGAGGAUUGUCUGCUCUCGUGGGGAAAUUGCAUAACCACCUCAUAUCUUCAACUGCAGGUCUCCCAAGCUAUCCACCUCACCCUCUCCUUCAAUCUGGGACAGUACCUACGAACAACACAGUCGAAACCCUAGCGGGAGGACUUGCAACCGCACACAAGGCAUAUGGGUCGUCCAAGUCAUCUCCAGAGCUUCCAUUAUGUGUGCUUUUCAUAGUCCAGGACGGAGAGCGGAACGUGUUUGAUCAAUUGGCACUUGUGAAGCAACUCACAGAGCACCACAAGAUCCCUGUGUUCCGGGUGACUAGCAACAAGAUCCUCGAUCAAUCAUCUAUAUCUACCUCGAAUCCUUCUCGGCCAUUGGUCUUCACACCUGCUCACUCUUCAUCCUCUGCAUUCGAAGUCACUACUGUCUACCUCCGAGCAUACUACUCCCCGGAUGAAUACACAUCCAGUCGUGACUGGGAAGCGCGGAGACAUCUGGAGCGCUCUGCGGCCAUCAAAUGCCCUUCAGUGCUGAAUCAAUUGGCUGGUUGCAAGAAAAUCCAACAAGUUCUAGCAGAGCCGACAGGGCCCGAUCACCUCUCAAGUUUUCUGAAAGAUAUUGACCCCGCGCUGAUUUCGAGAUUGCGUGACACUUUUGCUCCGCAGUAUGAUAUCUCAGCUGCUGGCCAGGGACGGGAUUUGGCCCUCAACUCUAAAACGGCUAUGGACCAUGUUCUGAAACCCCAAAGAGAGGGCGGAGGUAACAAUAUCUACAAGUCUGAGAUUCCUGAGUUCUUGCGUACUAUCCCUGAAGCGGAUUGGAAGGGCUGGGUUUUAAUGGAACUUAUUAAUCCUGCGGGGAGUGCGGCAAAUGUCGCUUUGCGAAAUGACGGCGAGGUUCUCCGCGGUAAUGUCAUUUCCGAGCUGGGAAUUUAUGGUACAAUCCUGUGGGAUACCAAGGGCGAUAUCCUCCACAAUGACCAAGGUGGAUGGUUGCUGAGAACGAAGGGGAAAGAGGUCAAUGAGGGUGGAGUAGCCGCAGGUUUCUCCAGUUUGGAUAGUCCGCUUCUUUUCUAG